UCGAUGUUUUGACCUAAGUCAACGAAAGUAAUUGCAUUAAUUUUCUACUAUAAUCAACUCUAGCCAAACCCACUACAAAAAACCCACUCCUUUAGAUCACGACUAACUGUUCGGUUUGUUGUGGUUUCUUCAUUUCACAUCGACACUGAUAUAAUAUUAAGCUGAUAACUUCACAGCAUUAGAACUGUUUUGUUCUAUUUCUAACUGUUUUGUAGAGUAUAGAUAUCAACCCGAUUGUUUACGCCUGUACGCACGUAUGCGUCUCAAUACUCUACAAACAACAGAGGUAAGCUACAACUAUUAUGCACAUAUAGUAUAUAAACCACAUCCAGCAUCUGUCUCUCAUGCAUUUCAAUAUAGAACUUCUGCACCUGUGUGAAAAUCAUAAUUUCAAAAAUGAAAUUGGCAAUCAUCGUGAUUCUUUUCGCAGUUUGCGCUUCCAUGGUUUAUGCAGUACCCUACAAUACUUACUGUAACGGAUUGAACGAGGUCUUCUCGACUUGCGGAUCGGCGUGUCCAGCCACCUGCGAUUCCUAUCUGUACGGUGGAUACCAAGGAUGCGGUUCUGGAUGCCAGCGAGGAUGCUUCUGCAGGCCUGGCUACGUUCGGAACACUGUUGGUGUAUGCAUCGAAGAAGUCCAGUGCAGUAGACGAAGAACAUACUUGCAACAAUCGGUCGGUUACUAUCCGUUCGGUUACUACGGAAUUGGUUGGGGCUAUUAAUUUAGUCUCGAUACAACUGACAGCUCGAAAGAUCACGAUGAAAAUAAUCAAUCCAUUCAAGAAGUCUAACACAUUUUUCGUAAUAAAUUUGCAAUAAAAACACCUGAUUGUUUCAGAUGCUGAACAUGCAUACACGCACUGAUUUCAACUGUUUAACAGAUGUCAAUUCUUCAGGGGUUACUGGCAUGA